AAGAAGUUCAUUCUUCCAGUCCUUAGAGGACCGUGUGUGGUGUCUGUGAUUGUGUACACGUGGGGUUAAAAAUACGUACUGCAACUGGUGCCACCGUCGAGAACAUGAAUUCUGCUGUUCCCAAAACUAUGUGACUUAAUUUUCAAAAUCCUUUAUUCCGACUGUCACAACAUAAUCUCGUCAGCGAGACACUUGGAUGUUUUUAUUACAUGGAAGUAAAUGACAACAAAAAUAAAAUGAUUAGUGAAAAAGAAACUUAUGACUGGGGUGAAGAUUUCGACGACGCGACGUUUAAAAGUUGUUUCGCUCGUUCAGUGGCAGUGAAUUCCCAAUAUAAACAGUUCAAAACAUCGGACCCACGACAGCUGCAAACCGCUGACAAUAAUGAUUCUUCCCAGGAGACCUUUAAAAGAUUAACUACUCGACCGUUAAUUCCCGUAAAUGAGCCUAUCAUGGAAGAAGUUAAAUUGAGAAAGAAUUCUCAAGUGAGUAACGGAAACGACAUUCGCCGAUUAUCAUGUAGUAGCAUCGCUAGUAGUAGAAGAACGUCGAUUUGUUCAAGCCGAAUUUCCGAAAUUCCAGUCGAAAAUAUCGUCCAACAGUCAAAAGUCAAUACGCUGCAAUGGCAACUAAAGGAGGUUGAGAAAAGUCGGGAAAUGUAUAAAGCGGUAAUGAAGCAAGUCGUAACCUUCUUGGAGAGGGCACAUCGCAGUUUAGAAUUGCUAGGAAAUAGACUAAAUGCCAAGCCGACCGUUCCACGUUCGAAAAGUGAACAUCAAAUUGUCGCAGGCGACAAUGGUGUGGACACUCUUAGCAACACAGACGACUUUACGAUGUUUCGAGAUUUCACUUGGAGACGUCCAAAGAAACAAGAGCUACCUCCAGACGAAAUCCCCCCCGAGAAACUAUCCCAAGAAGCGUUCCGGCUCCUCCGAACUGCUCAAUCUUUGUUGAACACUCAAGAGCCUAAACUUGCUUCUGUCGAUGAUGCACCCGACGAUCUCGAGUUCCUUGCGCAACUAGCUAAAGAGUUUCCUCAAAUUCCCGAAGUCAAACCCCAAAGGGCAACAUCGUUUUCCCUUAGCCCAAAGCUGCUUACUCCGGAAAAGGAAACUAGAAUCUCGACUGCCUUCAACAGGAAAUUGUCGCUGCAACUGAAUGAAACCAGAAAAACCACGUACAAAUAUAGUCACAUUCAGAGGGCGUCACCUAGAGGCAGCGUAAUCGAAGCUCCAUUCAUGUCGUCAACUAUGAACGAUUUUAAAGAUCACCAUGUAGGUUGCAGCGAUAAAGUUAAAUUUAAACCUGAAUCGGAAAAAUCAAAUUCGCCGCCAGCUGGUAGUGUCAGCUCGGUUGAAGACGAAAGUGGAUUUUCUUCAAUGAAUUCGUUUCAAGAUGUUGGUUUACCUAUAGUGGGGGAUGAGGUUAAUACCAAGAAUGCUUUGCUGAGAAGUAUGUUACAUAAUAAUGUUGAACCUUUGAACGGUUUUGCGAGGAGUGUUGAUAAUUCGGUAAAGAAUGGAAGUAUUGAGAAAGAUGUAAAGUUGUGGGAAAAACCUGAUAACGUCUCGCAUAAGAGGUGGAGUUCAACGCCUGUAAAUUGUUCCAGUACUAAACAAUCCGUGAAUGUAUUGUGGGUUUAGUUUUGUCCACAAAAUUAACAUUUGCCAUUUAUGUAUAUUUAUUUUGAUAAGUAAAACGAAUGUGAUAAAUUUGUAAAUCUUUAUUCGUAUUUAUUUACUGUUAAGCGUCACUUGAUAUAAAUUUUUGCAAUAAUGUACGUAUGAAAUUAGUGUGCUUUCGAAUUUUUGAAUAAUG